UUAUUUUGUUUUCGAAUAUGGGACACAACAUCCCGCAGUAAAUUUUUUGUUUGUCAAAAUUUGCAAUCCCUGCAAAACAUGAAUACACAACAAAAAAAACUGUUCACAACUUCUUAACAAUUUACACCAACACUAGAAUUAUUUUCCUUUUAAAUUCUUAAUAAACCUUUAAAUAUCAAUAAAUUAACAAUGAAGCAAAAGUUCAUCUUUCUGUUAUAGAAGAAUGAAAAUUAUAACCUAAAAAACAAUAUUCUUAAAUAUGGAUUAUUUAGGAGAAAUAGUUGUUCUUGGUAUUGAUAGUUUAAUUUUCGGUCUAUGUUUAAAAAAUUAUUAUUAUUGCAAGAAUGCCAUCAAUGCUGUUAAAAAUACCGAAUUCCACGAGGUGGGUCCGAGUUUAAAUAAAGCAAUAAAUGAUGCAGAUGGAAAAAUUAAAUAUAUCGCUAUAAAAGGAGCAGUUCUACCAUUAGGAAAAUCUUUACGAAGUAUAAAUAAUAAGGAUGUUACCGGUGUUAUACAGAAAUUAACACUUAAGGAGCAUGUUGUUGCUAGAACAAGUGCUGGCUUUUGGUCUGAUCAAGAACGUACUGUACAGGAAGUGUACAAUAAAAUACCUUUUGCCUUAUGUAACGGAUCGUUCAAAGUUGAAAUUAUCGAUGCAAUGGCUGCUGAAGUUUUGGACAUGGAUACAAUAUCAGAUGUCUUUGAGCCUAAAGUUCCCACAUUUUCCGAUCAUUUAUGGGGAUUCUUUACUGGAGUUAGACAACGUGGUUUACAAUCAACGGAGGAAAUGUUGAGGGAAGGAUCAAUUAUAACUGGAAUUGGAGAAUUAACAAAACCUGUCACAAAGCCAGAUACUCCUAUAUUACAACCUCCAGUUGAUGGUACUCCAUUCUUCUUGACCACAAUGUCCGUAAGUUCCCUUCUUCGGAGGCUGGAUGAUCGCAAAAGGACUUACAGAUGGUUGUGCAUGAUGUUCGGCGCUAUUGGACUGAUAAUUGGAGGUUUAAUAGUGCGUCACUAUUGGAAGGACAGAGAGGAGGAACGAAUUGCCAAAGAACUUCGCGAUUCCCUCGCGGCAUCACGUAAAGAAAGAAGGCAGAAAGUACGUGACAAUGAUCUCACAGAAAAUCUUGCCUGUGUUGUCUGCCGAUCGAAUCCACGAGAAAUUAUUCUAUUGGAUUGUGGCCACGUUUGCCUCUGCGAGGAUUGCUCGGAAGGAAUAGUUGGUGGAUGUCCCAUAUGUCGUGCGCCUAUAAAAUUCAAAUACGCAGCCUACAUUAGUUAAAUUAAAAACUUGAUAAGUGAACCAAAAAAAAAAGAAAAUUAGAAAGCAUCCUUCACCAAAGUUUACUUCAGAAAGAAACAAACAUCUUCCAAAAGUCUUUCUUUAUACUUUAAAAAUUUUAUUUAAAAAUCAAAAGCACAGAAAAUAAAAAAUGGGACUGAAAAAAUUGUUAACGUCUA